UGAGAGAGCGGCUAUCACAAUUCACAAGAGUUUAGAAAAGCAGAAUUAGCGUGAGAGAGCAGCUAUCACAAAAGAUAAAAAAUAAAAAAAUAAAAAAAAGAAAUGGGAAAAGAAGAAGAAAAAGAACAAGAAUCAGCAUCAGUUAUUGAGAAGUUAAGAUCAGUUGUGUUCAAAGAAUCAGAAAGUCUCAAAGGAAGUUGUCCCAAAAUCCAAGGAUAUGAUUUCAACAAUGGCGUUCAUUAUUCAAAUCUUUUUAAUUCCUUUCUUUCUACUGGUUUUCAAGCUUCUCAUCUUGGUGAUGCCAUUCAAACUGUCAAUCAAAUGCUAGAUUGGAGGCUUUCUCACGAGCAAGUAGCAGAAGAUUGCAGCGAGGAGGAGAAGGAUCCUACAUACAGAGAAUCUGUUAGAUGCAAAAUCUUCCUUGGGUUCACUUCAAACCUCAUUUCAUCUGGUGUUCGUGACAUUAUUCGGUAUCUAGUUCAACAUCAUAUGGUUGAAGUUAUUGUCACAACAACCGGGGGUAUUGAGGAGGAUCUCAUAAAAUGCCUUGCAGACACAUACAGAGGUGAAUUUUCUUUACCUGGUGCUGCAUUGCGUUCAAAAGGACUAAAUCGUAUUGGUAACUUGUUGGUACCUAAUGAUAACUACUGUAAGUUUGAGGAUUGGAUCAUCCCAAUAUUUGACCAAAUGUUGGAAGAACAAAAGACAAAGCAUGUGUUAUGGACGCCAUCAAAAGUAAUUGCACGUUUGGGGAAAGAAAUUAACAAUGAAAGCUCAUAUCUAUAUUGGGCAUACAAGAACAAUAUACCUGUCUUCUGCCCUGGGUUGACAGAUGGCUCUCUUGGGGACAUGUUAUAUUUCCAUUCCUUUCGCAAUCCCGGACUUGUUGUUGACGUAGUACAAGAUAUCAGGGCAAUCAACGGUGAGGCAGUGCAUGCAAAUCCUAGGAAGACAGGCGUGAUCAUUCUAGGUGGUGGGUUGCCAAAACAUCACAUUUGCAAUGCAAAUAUGAUGCGUAAUGGUGCAGAUUAUGCAGUUUUUAUCAACACUGCCCAGGAGUUUGAUGGUAGUGAUUCUGGCGCUAGACCUGAUGAAGCUGUGUCGUGGGGGAAAAUACGUUCUUCUGCAAAAUCUGUCAAGGUGCACUGUGAUGCAACUAUAGCAUUCCCAAUACUCGUUGCAGAAACAUUUGCUGCAAAGAGAGAGAAAGCAGCUGAGCCGAGUUUUUGAUAAAUGAUGGGUGCCACACUAGUAGUUUGUAGGUGGUGUGAUGAUGUGCAGUGGUUGUAUUACACUGCUGUUAUCCUUACAUGCAGUUGGCUGUAUGUAUUCCCGCUUCAUUACUAUUUGGUUGUUUAGUAUGUCUUACAUGUUAUAGUUGAAUGCACGUUGAGUUUUUGUGGCUGCCAAGGAACCAAUAGUGCAUUUGGUGUUAAGGCUGACUUCGUAGACCAAAGAAAUGUUCAGUAAUUGACAAGGCUUGUCACGGCCUCAAUCAUACAAUGUGUAUUGGAUUACGUUGUAGUUCCAUCUUCUUUGCAUCAACGGGUAUGAAAUGGGUCGUCCCCUUUGCUCUUU